CUGCCUGGGAAGUGCCCUGGGAAAAGGCUGCAGGGCAGAGCCGUCCCCGCCCCCCCCCCCGCGCUGCCAGCCCCGGGCCCGAGACCCUGGACCGCCCUGGCCGGUGCUGCCUCCCUCUCGGACCAAGCGUCUCCAUGGACUUCGGGUGGAUUCUGUCUGUUCGUUCAUCUUCUGGGACGCACUGAGUUUUGUCUGCCUGGCGCCUGAGCAUCCUGCCUGCUGGAGAUGGGUCAAUAGGGGAAUCGCCAUGGGGGAAAUGGCCUGUCCCUCCCUGCAAACCGCCCGGGACUAGGGGCACCGUGUGGCCGGCUGUAACUAGCGGCUGCUGGGUGCAUGAGUCUCGAACCCUUUGCUCCGCUGCACCCCACACUUCUAUGGAUAACGUUUAAUUGACUCCAUGCUCAGAUCUGCCUGGCAGGAUUCCUGCUUGUUGGGUAUCCCCCUUCUCCCCCACCUCUUUUGUUUGGCUGCUGCAGAGGUGUCAACCUAAGGGUGUUUGGGGGAUUGAAACCCCACCCCAGCAUUCAAGUCAAGUGAGCCCCACUCAGUCCCUAGGUCUGAGAGAGUGGGGAUGGUAGCAGGGCAAGUCCCUGCUAAGCAAGGCUGUCUGGUGAGCAUGGAGCCGGAGCUCUCAGCUGGGGAAGCCUGGUCCAUUUUUAGCCUGUUCUAGGUAGCGGAAGCUGGGAGCUCAUGAAUGCUGCCUGAGAACCCCUCACUGGGAGAGGGGUGAACAGCUCUUUCCUCAUCCAGUGCUCCCCAGCUGGUCUGUGACCCUCUCUCCAAACUCCCUGGGGAGAGUGGGAUUGAGGAUGCUCCUAAACCCAAUUGGGAAGGUGGAUGAGACUUCUUUCCUAUCGAGCCUGGCUGCUCCGGUUUCAGAGGCCUGGUCUGGAGAGGGCCGCUCCCAUCACGUCUCUGUGUCUUUAUGGCGCAAAACAUUCACCUGCAGAUCUGAUCCUGGGUUCCUCUAGUCUUAGCUCCAUGCAGUUUUGGAGCUGCUUUCAGGGAUGGCAGACGGCAGUGGGACACUCAGCUCCUGGGAAGCUGUUCUGUGUCUGGUGAGGAGUAUUGAGCUGGAUGUUCCCCCCCAGGGCAGGAUGCUGAGACAGAGGGAUCCCAGGGCAGCUUGUUCUGUGACUGAGAAGAGGUGGCUCUAGACUGGCCUUGCCAAAGCACUUGGGGCUGUUACAGUGAACCCCAAACUCAGAGAGCAGUGUCCCCAAUCCUGCCUGACCUAGAAUCCCCCUCCCAGCCCCAGGGUGGAUGGGGCAGCACAUGGCCAGCUCAAAGCAGUAGGGACAGAGAGAACAGAAUAAAAACCGCACAGAUAGCCAGAAAAGCAAGCGUCGCUUGGUCUGGUCCCGGCUGCUGUUCUGGGCAGGCCAGCCAGCCCCGCGUCCUGACUGUUGCUCCCUUUGGCAUCAGUUCCGUUAACUGCACCAGGCUUCCCAUGCACCACCUGGGCCAGGACUACGUCUUUUCCUGACCUGGAAACGAGUCAUGCCAUCUCCCAGUGACUCCAGCCAUUCCCUGACUGGCCGCUCCUCCCGCAGCCUCACCCAUCUCCGAGUGCAGAGGACCUGGCUGCAGAUCCUGCUGGUGCUGGGCUUCAUUCAGAUCAUCCUGGGUAUCCUCGUCAUCACCUUCAGCCUUGUGGCAGCUACCAUCACACCCUCCACCAAGGUCCGGCACGCCUGCCCCUCCUGGGCCGGCUUCUUGUUGGCGCUGUCUGGGCUCAUCGGCAUCGUCUCCUGGAAACGUCCCUUCACCCUGGUGAUCACCUUCUUCACGCUGCUCUCCGUGCUGGGCAUCAUGCUGAGCCUCGCCGGCUCCAUCCUCUCCUGCCAGAACGCUCAGCUGGUGAAGUCCUUGGAGGCCUGCACUAGGGAGAAAGACUCCUGUGUCUGCUGCCAGGCCCGCUCCGAGUACCCGUCCAUGGGUCCCGCCUGCAGCAGGCAAGGCGAGAUACUGACCAUGUUCCCCAACCCUGACUGCUGGAGCGUCCGCAUGGCUUUGAAGGAUCUUCUAUUCAGUGUUUGUGGCCUGACCAUCUUCUCCACCAUUGUCUGCACGCUCUCAGCUGUCAUGUGCUGCAUCCAGAUCUUCUCCCUGGACAUUAUCCAUGUGCUAGCCCCACAGCGCUCCAGUUCGGUGACCCUGGAGUGCACGUCGCCCCCAGACCCCUUCCUGCAGAACAUGAUAGACUUUGAGGAGUUUGUGCCCCCAGUGCCACCGCCCCCGUACUAUCCGCCGGAGUACACCUGCAGCUCCGAGACCGACGCCCAGAGCAUCACCUAUAACGGUUCCAUGGACAGCCCUGUGCCUCUCUACCCCACUGACUUCCCCCCAUCCUACGAGACUGUCAUGGGACUCCGGGCAGGCAGCCAGGCCACGCUGUUUGAUUCGCAGCUCACGGAUCCGUCACAUGGCUGCACCUGUGACCACGUCCCCUCCAUGGUGCUCAGCGGGGAAGUGUCCAUGGACAGCGGCUCCCUGGUCAUGUCCGAGAUCAUCGACAUCCCCGGAGACAGCAGUCCCUCAGAGGACUCCUGCUUGCUGGAGCUGCAAGGCUCCAUGCGCUCGGUGGACUAUGUCCUCUUCCGCUCCAUCCAGCGCAGCCGCGCGGACUACUGCCUGAGCGUGGACUGCGUGCAGUGCGGCCACCAUCCCCGCAGCCCCACACUGGGCCUGCAGGGCCCCUUCGAGGAUAUACCCCGGCCCCGGGUGCGGGGGGAGCGCUCUUACUCCUGCUCCACCCCUGGCCCCAGUUACGAGAGGCUCUUGGAGACAGGCGGGGCCGUGACCCACAGCUGCAAUCGUCUGGAAGGGCUGGCUCGCUGCGCUGGGCCUUGCUUCCCUGAGGUGCGACUCAAGGGCAAGAGCUCGCUACCAGGGCACCAGGGCAUCAGCUACACCGGCUCCCUGUAUCCGGAGCACGGGCACCGCCGCCAUCAGCGACGCAACAGUGAGACAUCCUGCCUGCUGGCCCCAGCCCGGGGCCUGAGCCAACGGCCGCUCAUGCGGUCACACAGCGACCCUGGCAUUGCUGUUGCCAGUGAUCCUGCCAACUUCAGGGAUCUGCUUUAUACCAAAGCGCUGGAGGAUGAUGCAUCCAAUUCUUCUGCAGACACAGGACUGUGCUCUGAAGCCUGCCUGCUCCGGCUCUCGCACUGCGACUCACCCCCACUCCUCCAGGCCACCUCUGCCAGGAAGAACAAGAUGCCAGUGCCCAAGAAGGUGACACAGCGGCUGUCGAAGGCAGCGACGCGCUCCCUGGGGGACCUGAAGGUUUGUCGUGGUACCCGGGGGCUGGUGGCCAGAUUCCUGCAGAGAUCCAAGCGCAGCCUGGUGUCUGGCGUGGAGAUGGCUGGGCACAGCUCCCAGGGCCACAAACAGGUGCCUCGGAGUCUGUGGCAGGCAGCAGAGCACACGCUGCCUGAAGGGAUUCACUUGCAGAGCUGCGGAGACCUGAGCUCCACCUCCUCGCUGCGUCGCCUCCUGUCUACCCGCCAGCUGGAGUGCAGCCGUCCGCACAGCCUCAAUGGGGUCUACAAGGAGAGCAUCCUCUGAGGGGAGCUGCCACCUUGCCCUCAGCCUUGCCUGACCCUCUCAUACCCCAGCCCAGCUGGGAGUCUCCACCAGCAUCAGGCUCUCUCUGCCUGGGGUCCACAGCAAGAACUGGAAACAGCCGAAGCAGGCCUUUCCCCUGGGUGCUGGGGAGGGGCCAUGGGCUGGCUCAUUCCCAGCAGACAUUCCUCACUGCUAGGUGACAGUGGGAGAAAGCACAAGCUGAGGACACACACACAGACUGCCAAGGGCAGAGCACUGUGGCCUGGUUCGGUGGAUCUCUGCUCGGGACUCUGGGAAGGAGGAGGUGCUGCAGUCUGCAGAUUGCAGUGGAAACUGGUGAACAUGGACACAGCCUGCUUUGGGCUGAGAGGCAGUGCGUGCCCCCAUGCUCACUCCGAGGGGCGAGCAAGCUUUGGAGUGUCGCCUGUGGGGGGUGACAUGGGGUGUUGCUGGGGCCAAGCCCUUGCUGUAUAUCAGACAGGGCUAUUUCAGUGUGUGUCCACACAGGCCGCCCUCCUAUUAAUAACCCAAUAGAAGGGGCCGAGCCUGGUCCCGCCGCCUUCGCUGCAGUCUGCUGGUCCAGACGCUAACGUGGUUCCCAGGGCGAGGAAGCUGGGCUCAAUAUGCACGGUGAUGUCCUUCCACGACAGGCCUGGGCCUCGCUUGGCCCCUGCAUUCAGGAAAUGCUCACUGGCUGGCCAGGUUGCCUCACAGGGCCGUCUGUGUCAGGGAGAUUGUAGGCUUGAGCCCAACUCAGCUGUGCUCUCCUCAGAUGCUAUGCAACCCUUUCUAGAGUGGGGGAAGGAGGGACACGGUAGGCCAGGCUAUGCUGGGCUUCCCCACAACCGCCCUUCUGUUCGGGCAGGUCCACAGCCCCCAAGCGGAGGCUACAGCCCCUUUCCAUAGAGACUGACCUUCCUUUUUGUCCCCUUCUUCAUCUCAUCUCCCCAGACCUUCCCCAUCCUGGGCUGGCCUGAGCUGUGGGCCUGGAUCUUACGGUAAAACUCUGGCUUUAGAGUGUGGCCAUGACCCGGGAAAGGCCUAGGCUCUGGAGAAGGGCUUCAGGAACCUGGGGUUAAUCUGCUCCACAAGGUUUAGGGGCAGAACUAAACCCCUCUGUGCACUAAGGGCCCAUUCCCCCCCACCCCCAAGCCCUAAUGAGGCUCUUCCCAUCCCUGGGCCCUGGCAGCCUCUCCCUCCUCCUCCCCACCAGCUGAUGCCUUUGCUUGUAUGCUGCAUGUGCGAUGCAGCUCUCCCCUCUCUGGGAGGGUGGGGGUUGCAUUUUUUUUUACCUUGGGAAGCAUGUUGGGAACUCCUGCAGGGAGUCUUCACUGCAGGCGCUUUAAGCUGCACUGACACUUGUACAAGAAACCAAAUAAAGUCAUACACCCUGUGGA